AUGUAUAUUCCACAAAACUAUCUUUCGCUCCCCCCUUCCUCUCUCUUCUCUCCCUUUAUUCUGGCUAACCUCCCUCUCUCAUCUCUCCUUUCCUCUCUCUCACCCUCCCUCUGUCUUUCACUUCCUUCCAUUCCUCUGUUCCCCUUGCUUCCUUCGUCCCCUCUCUCUCUCUCCGUCACUGUCUCUCUCCGUCUUUGUCUUUGUCUCUAUCCAUCACUCUCUCCCCGCCCCCUCUCUCCCCGCCCCCUCUCUCCCCUCUUCAUGUCUCUCGCCGUCCCUCUCUCUUUCUCUUCCUUCCAUCCUCUCUCCCUCUCUUCGUUCCACUCUCUCUUUCUCCGUUCCUCUCUCUCUCUUAUCGUUCCCCCAUCUCUCUCUCUCCGUCCCCGAAUCUCUCUCUCUCCGUCCCCGAAUCUCUCUCUCCGUCACUGUUUUCGUCUUUGUCUAUGUCCUUCUCCGUCCUUCUCUCUCUCACUCUCUCUCUCAGUCCCUUUCUCUCUCUUUUUCUCUUUGUCUAUUUGUCUCUCUUUCUCUCUCUUCGUCCCUCUCUUUCCCUCUUUCUUAUCCAAUCUUUUGUGCCUAAAAAUUGUCUACACAUUGUGGAAGUGCUUUUGA